AAGCUGCGACUCUCCACACGUGGGUCCCACUUUAAGAGGCCCUGUUGCCCUUUUAAGGCAUUGCCCUUUUAAGAAGCUGCGUUGCCCUUUUAAGGCAUUGCCCUUUUAAGAAGCUGCGUUGCCCUUUUAAGGCAUUGCCCUUUUAAGAGCGGCCGGUGGGGCCCGCACUGCGCAUGCGCCGCGCCGUUGCUGCAACUUUCAACUUUUGGGAUUCGCUCCCUCGGGGUUCGGGGGGAAUUUGGGGGGAUUUGGGGCGAAUUUGGGGGGAUUUGGGGGCUCCGGGGGGGCCCAGCACCGCCCCGGCCGCACCAUGGUGUCCUGGAUCCUCAGCCGGGUCGUUGAGCUGCUCUUCGGGCUGCUCUACCCGGCCUACGCCUCCUACAAGGCCGUCAAGACGAAAAACAUCCGCGAAUACGUGCGGUGGAUGAUGUACUGGAUCGUCUUCUCUCUCUUCAUGGCCACAGAGACCUUCACCGACCUCCUCAUCUCCUGGCUGCCCUUUUACUACGAGCUGAAGAUGGCGUUUGUCCUGUGGCUGCUGUCCCCGUACACGCGGGGGGCCGGGCUGCUCUACCGCCGCUUCGUGCACCCCGCGCUGGCCCGCAGGGAGAAGGAGCUCGAUGCCCUCCUGCUGCGUGCCCGCCAGCGGGGCUACGAGGCCGCACUGCGCCUGGGCAAGCGGGGCCUCAACCUGGCGGCCACCGCCGCCGUCCAGGCGGCCACCAAGAGCCAGGGCGCGCUGGCCGGGCGGCUGCGCAGUUUCAGCUUGCAGGACCUGCGCUGCCUGCCCGAGCAGGACCUGCCGUGCCCGGAGGAGCAGCAGAGCCACCCUCUGGGCUACAGCAGCUAUUCCAGCGGGUCAGAGGAUGAGGAUGAGGAGCUGUGGUCGCACCCACGGGUGUCCCCCUGUCCCCCAGCCCUGUCCCCCUGUCCCCCAGCCCUGAGAACCCUGCGGAAGACCCCGGCCAAGGAGGUGAGGGGACAGCGAGGGACGCGCGGUGGGGACGUGGGACACCUCAGGGGGUGUCCUGAGUGUCCCUUCUCCUGCCCAGGGCUCCUCCCGGCUCCUGCGCAGCCGCGCCAGGAGGAGAGCGGCUCUGGAGGAGCAGGACGGCUGAAAUUCCCGGGAAUCCUCGGCCAGGGGGGGUGUGCUGGGGCACCGGGAGGGAGCUGUGGCACCUUGUGUCCCCACGGUGGCACCUUGUGUCCCCAGGGUGGCACCUUGUGUCCCCAGGGUGGCUCCUGCACCCCCAAGGUACCUCCUCCAUCUCUGGGGUGGCUUCUCCAUCUCUGAUGUGGCUCCUGCACCCCCGAGGUGGCUCCUGCACCCCUGGGUGGCUCUUGCACCUCUGGAGUGGCUCCUCCAUCUCUGAAGUGCCUCCUGCACCCCCGAGGUGGCUCCUGCACCCCCGAGAUGGCUCCUGCACCCCUGAUGUGGCUCCUGCACCCCUGAGGUGACUCCUCCAUCUCUGAUGUGGCUCCUGCACCCCUGGGUGCCUCCUGCACCCCCGAGGUGGCUCCUGCACCCCUGGGUGGCUCCUCCAUCUCUGAAGUGCCUCCUGCACCCCCGAGGUGGCUCCUGCACCCCUGGGUGCCUCCUGCACCUCUGGGGUGACUCCUGCACCCCUGAGGUGCCU